GCGCAGGCGCACAUUACUAUAUCAUCCAUUUUUAAAAAAAGUUGGUAAAAAUAAUCGGAUUGCAAGGGUCUGGCAUGUAAAUUGUAAUAUAGAAAGCCAAAUACGUACACACAUUUAGACGGUUUUAAAAAGAAAAAUCUGUUGAAAGCAAUAAUUAUAUAUAAUGUCUGACCAUGGUGAGGAAACUUAUAAUGAUGCAAAUGGUGGGGAGGAAUGGAAUAAUAAUUCAGAAACACCUAUUGCGAUCGAAAACGGCGUAAAAGAAGAAGAGGAUGAAUACAAUUCAGCAGAAAAAAUUUCUAAUACUCAGGAAAAUGGAAAUCGCACAAAUGAAAGGGAAUUAGCAUCAGAAGUGGUUAUUAUACAAAAUAAAAGGUAUUAUUUAGAUGUCAAGGAGAAUAUGUAUGGGAAAUUUGUAAAACUUGCACAGGUGAUUCCCAAUAGACCUAAACAAAGAAUUGUGCUUGCCAUGGAUAAAGUGGUAGAAUUUAGAAAUGUCUUGUCAGAGUUUGGCGAAUUUUAUGUUACUUUAGGACCACCACCUGAAAUAGAUAAUCAAACUAGGGGAGGUAUAUUGAAGAAUAAAAUGAUUAAUGCUAGAAACAGAAAGUAUUGGCUUGAUUUAAAGGACACACCAAGGGGGAGAAUUCUUAAAGUUAGUCAAAUAUUGACUAAAACUAAUCAGAGAUCAAUUAUAAUAAUUCCUGCCCAAGGAAUUAUUGAAUUAAGAAAUAAAUUGACCCAUUUGAUUGAAGAGUAUGCUACAGAAGAAGAUUUGAGAUCUAGUGAAAAUAAAAAUGAAAACAUGAGAAUAGGUAAUAAAAGAAUUUAUUUUGAAACCAGAUCAAAUCCACGUGGAAGAUAUCUUAGAAUAUCUGAACUAAGGAAUAAUAUAACAACAUCCUCAAUGAUUAUCCCAGAAAAUUCACUAGAUCGUUUUAAAGAUGUGCUGUCAUCUUUGAUUGAAGAUAUGAAAAUUACUUCUGAAGCUAGAAAGGCAGCACUUCCUACAGCCACUAAUUAAUAAUAGUAUUAUAUGUAACUUUUUUGUCAUAUUGUUUUUAUAACACAUAGUGUCUUCAAUCUAAUUAGUAUUAAAAAAAGAACACCAUGAGUUAAAAAAAAUUAUAUAUGACUAAAAGGUAUAUAUAGUUUUGACAUUUUUUGUGAUUUAUUAAUGUUUGAAUUUUUAAGCUCUUUUUAUAGCUUGACCUUUUUUAUAGUAAUUAAGAAUUAAGACAGCGACCGACCUAAAUUUUGUAUAUAUUUAUAUAUAGUAUAUUAAAUAUGUAAUUAUUUUUUAACACAUUAUAUUAGUAUAAUUUUUUUGGACAAAUUUUUAUUAAAAUCAUGUCCAUUCCAAUUAUCUUAAAAUCAUUGUCAAGCUAUUUAAAUGUAAAUAUUGCUUGAUUAUUUUAUAGUUAAUAAACAUUCAAGUCAUAAUUGUGAAAACAUUUUUAUAACAGUUUGAUAUAAAUUUUAGACUAAUAAAUUUUUGACUUAAAAAUC